AUGGACGAACCUCGAAAACUAUAUCACGAAAAGCAAAGGCUAUGGUUUUGUGGACAGCUUCAAAGAGCAGCUUAUACAAAAUCAGAGCUUGAUAGCCUUGCGGAAACCCUUGACAAACAGACUAGCUCCGAAGCUAAAACUUGGCUUUCAUAUUUGAUCAAUCCACACAAAAGCGUGCUGCAAGUUGGAUUAGGACAUUAUGACGUGAAUGUACUCGAGUUGGCUUUGAAGAAAAUCGGACUAGAAUUGCAAUGGUUUGACUUUAGAAAAGACAUUCGAACGGUGAUUCUGUUCACGGAUUCGACUCUCUUUGGUCUUAUUUUGAAUAUCCCUUAUACCCGAUUUCAUUUCUGGAGGUCUAAUCACUGGAUCGCUAUUAAGCCUUUUUUCCGGAAGGGAAAACAACAAGAGGAUAUGACAAGCGUGUAUAAUCUGGAUUCGAAGUUGUCGAUUCCUUAUGAAUUCGAGGAUUUUGAAGAGGUCUACAAGUUUCUGGCGGAUAUCGUAUACAACAAAGAUGGCCAAAUUCUGCUUGUAAAGGAGCAAACACAACUAUCCAAUGACGAAGAUGAUAAUGGCAUCAUACGAUGUAUAUGUGGGUACUCUGAUGACGAUGGCUUCACCAUCCAAUGUGACAAAUGUAAAAUUUGGCAGCAUGGAGCAUGUGUAAACGUAGAUCGUAACAAAGUUCCCGAAGAAUACUUGUGCGAAGAGUGUCAACCGCGUCCGAUGAAUGUUACAAGAGCAAAAAAGCAUCAGAAAAGCAUACGCGAGGAAUUGGGCCCGGACUGGCGGGACCCAGAUCUGGCCGAUUCUGACUGGUACCAGGAAAUGAAAGAUGCUAGUGACCAUUCUUCACAACAGGAGAAACAAGAUAAUCUUAUUGAGUCGAAGCAGCAGCCGCGUAAUGUCCAUGGCUUUGUAAAAGAGCGUGGUGGUGGUUCUAGUCCAUCACGUUCGGAUGCUAUUCCAUCACAGAAAAAACAAAAGAAUGGUAAACUCGUUAAACAAACUCGUGAUUCGUCGCUAAAAGAAACAAGUAAUAAAUCAGACGAUGAAUUAGACGAAAGCGCUGAUAGUGGCAAAGAUUUCCAGGAAUUAAAUCCUGAAUAUAAGAGAAUCGAUAAAAACAGUAUAGCAUCAAAAGAUGUCGAAGAAUUGUUUCGUAAGAUUCUGGCUCAAUAUCAACGUCAAGCCCAGCAUCGAAAAAGAUCACUUUCGAUGUCAUCCAGCUCGGGUCCGAUGAAAAUUGACGACGGAAACUCGAAUGAGAUUAUCGAAACGCCCAACAAAAAGAAGAAAAGUGGAAUUGACACAUGGCAAAACAUUAAUAGCGAAGUGAGCAGUAAAGACAUCACCAUGCUUAAAUCAUCAACGCAACAAUCACUCUUGAAUUUGUUUCCCAUGGAACGUGAAUCUUUGCUACGUCCUCUCAUGAAAACUAUAGUCAAAAAAAUCAAUUCAUCAUCAUCACCAUCACGUCAAAAAGGGCAAAUUUGCUAUGGACUUUUUGCCGAGACAAAUGUUGCUUCUGGGUUUUUAUUUGAAUUCAAAGGUCAAGUCUGUCUGAAAUCGGCGUAUAAAUCUGAUGGGGCUAAUCAAUAUUCUUUGUUGGGUAUAACGAAACCUUUUGUCCUAUUUCAUCCAACAUUGGAUCUCUGUGUGGAUGCUCGCGUCUAUGGAAAUGAUGCCAGAUUUAUACGCCGAUCUUGUCGACCAAAUGCAGAAGCCAGAAGUAUUUUUGUUCCCGGUGGAGAAGAUCAACAAGUGCAUUUAGUAGUGUUUGCUAAAUGCGAGAUUUUAAAAGGAAAUGAAAUUACAGUCGGUUGGGACUGGGAACCAAACCAUGUGGAUUUUAGUUUGAUUGAAAAUGCCGAAGGGAGUAGCACUCAAAACGAGACAACUAUCAACUCCCGUAGGAAAAAAAUGGUUGAGAUAGCUAAUGCCAUACUAGAAUUGACUGAUUGCGCAUGCGAGAACACUGUUAAUUGUGUGAUUUAUCGAAUGCAACGGGAAGGAAGAGCCAAAGCUACGAAGCAAAAUAAAAAAAUUACAAAAUCCAUCGACGAUUCAGCGAAACUCAAAAAAGUUGGCAAAAAAGAAACGAAAAAACGUACAGAAGUCAAUUCUCGACGAGCUAAUAGCGAGGAUCGCGAUCAGGUGGCGGCAAAUCCUAUCAAUGGGGGUGGUGGCCAAAAGAAACGAGGGGAAAAAGACACGUCAAAUAAACGUCCUCGACAAACCAAUGAAGGAGAAAUCAAUGGUUUUGCUUCUCAUUCUUUGGAUGAUGAUACAAUUGUCGUUGACCUGAAUGGGUCUCAGUCGAACAAAGAGCGAAAACCAAAAAAUAAAAUCGAACAAAAGAACAUCAAGAAAAAGAUUUCAGAAAAUGCUCGACGUCCGAGAGCUGAUUCAACAUCUAGUAAUAAAGGGAAAAUAAAAGUUGGCAAGAAUUCAUUAUCAACUCCUUACUCGAGGAAACAAGAAAAGUCAAAUGACCCGGAAUUAAAUUCACCACCUUUGACAUCUGUUGACCGUCGUAAAAAAAAUCAAAAACUAAAGGUAACCAAAGGAUCCAACAAAAAGACAAUAGAAGAUCCUGAAGAUGAGGAAGGUGCUUAUAUAUCAUCUUCAGAUUCUUCUCUGUCUUCCGUCUCAGAUUUGGAAUCAUCCGAGGAUCAAGAGGACAAUCAAAACGCUUUGAAUGGCAAACUUAAUAAAUCCCAAAAAAGUAUACGUGUUCCUUCGAGCAAUAGACAACCCUUGAGUUCUGAAUUCUCCAAAAAAGGAUCGGUAGGAGACGAUAAACGAACUGACGGUUCAAAAGAAUCUUUUGAAAAAAAUACACAAAUUGGACAAUCUCCAGUGAUCAGUUAUUUGCCUCUUAAAAAAUUUUGGGCCCAGCAAUAUCUUGCUCAACAAGCUGCGACUGCGCCAAAAGACACUAAUAGUGCUCCUGAAGCAGUAAACAAUCAGUCGGAAGCAGCAAAAAGGGCGGAAUCGUCUAAACAAGAGAUAAAUAACAAAAUGGAUACUGAUAGCCAUGGGGAACGAGAAGUAAUUGUCCCUAGAGCUACACCGAUUAUUCCCGCGAAACGGGUGGCAGUCAAUGACGAAUACACGACAAAACCCACCAUCAGUUCUGUGGAUCAUGCGGAUUCUGACUCCAAUAACAAACGUCAGAAAAUUGAGAUGGAACAACCACCAUCAUCACAUAAUGAAUAUGAUGUUUCGGUGAAAAUUGAGUCAAAAGAAACACCAAGAGAUCAAAUAGAUGCCAAACAAAAAAGUGACAGUUUACUCCCCAAAAGACAGAAUGAUACUUCAUUUGAAUUAGGGACAUCUAUAAAAAAUCCUGAAUCUGAUUCGUCUUCCUCAUCAGCUCGCCAUUUAAAUUCAAAACCUAGUCUUAAAGUCUCGAGUGCAAUUUCCGAGUAUCAGGAAUUCAAUAAGAAUUCUAGAUCUUCAACUCCUACUCAUCAAACUGACCAAAACCGUACGCAAUUAUCUUCGCCACUAUCAUUACAGACCCAUGAAAACAAUUCAAAUAAUAUCAGCAGUCUAUCGGGUGAUCCUAAUCAAACCUCUUCUGAUGUCGCUGAAAAACGAACACAAUCCAUACCCCAAUCAUCAUUCUCAAGUGAACAGCAGCAACAUGGCUCGGUGAAACAGGAUUCAAUUACUCCGACAAAACAAAAGAAAUACACUAUGAAGGAGUAUCAGGAGAAAAAAAAGAUGGAAGAAGAAGCAUCACUUCAAAAUAGUAAUGGCGAUAACAACAACAACAUCAAACAAACACAAGAUUCCACUGACCGAUCGCUGAUGUCAAAAACCAGUAAUGCUAACAACGGUGGUAGUAAUAAUAAUGUUAGUGCAAAGGAAGUAACUACAGAAAAUCAAAAAGAUAAACUCAAUGACCUUAACAUUGUUUCAAGCAUUUCUUCAUUUAAAUCACCAAGAUUAUCUACAACUCAAGUCACAAAAUCUCCCGCUUCUGAUGACUAUUUUCCUGAAGAUUUACCUAUUGAUGAAUCUCUGUCAUUAGACACUAGCAAUAACUUUGGCGUAAAGGAAUAUCCAUCUCAAUAUGAAGAAAUACGUGACAGACGCUCACCGACCUACAAAGAAUUCUCAAAUAAACAGUCAAGCGAGUUUUCAUUUCCUUCCAUAAAUUCACAUACUUAUAACGAUCCUCCCAUACCAACAAGCCCGCGAUCAGGAUACAUAUCACCACCUCGUCGUCCCCAUCCCCAUCCCCAUCAUAACGGAAGCUUUCGUCCACGUAUGUCUCAGCCGAGUGGUCCAUUUAAUAGAAAUCUACCGAUUUCACCGGGAGAUCGGGGAAGAUAUCAUAAUUCAAAUUAUUCAGGUGUAUCUCCUAUUAAUUCGCCAUCUACUCCAAGACAAGGAGCGCCAUCUUUACUUUCUUCGUCAGCAUCCUCACCUUAUGAUCCUGCAAAUCCAGACGGUCAUCUUUCAAGCAAUCAGAACGAUCGAGAUCAAAGCGUUAUCGAUAAUAACAAUCGAGGUAGCCCCGGUAUUGGCAGUUCUGUGGAUUCUAAAUCUCGAGAAUAUCCACGACCUGGAGGAGAUCGGUUUGAUAACAGAGAACGAGGCUGGAAUAAUUAUCCAUAUUUUCCACGCGAUAGGGAGUGGCGAGAUCGGGAUCGGGAUCGGGAGCGAGAUAAAGACUGGAUAAUAAAGAGAGAACAGAGAGAACAUUAUUACAGGGAGAGCAGGGACAGAGAUUAUAACAUUGCUGGCGGUGGAAGUAAUGUAGGAAACGGCAGUGGAAAUAGUGGCGGUGGUAAUUCUGAAAUGAGCCGGUACUCUAUGGAUCCGAGAAGAUCAAAUGGCGGUGGACAUCAAGAUCGAUACAACAUGAGCGGAAGUCUUCGCUCUCCUAUUUCAUAUGGUGCUCGCAGGGAUGAAUUGUCCAACACAACACCGCCCGGACGCAUUGAUAUUACUGAAAUUAAUUCUGGAUCGUCUCCAUUACCUACUGGACCUGCCGCUGGUAAUGAUCCAUCUGUGUCUAAUAGCAGUUCUAUGCAACAACGAAUCACCACCGAAAUCGACGAUGAUGUAUAA